AAUUGUUUUUGGGUGUGUCAUUUUAAUAUUAGUUUGUAUAAGUUAGUUUAGUAUUAAUUAGAAAGAUUCAAUUUACAAAAGUAAUGUAAAAAGUGGUAAAAAUGAAUAAAAUGGCACCUACGUAUAGUUUAGUAAUAAUACUGUUAAUAGGUUUUGCAGAAGCCUACUACAACAAUGACAAUUUAUCUCAAGUUUUAUUACAAAAAGAAAAAGAAAAAAAUCGAGAACUUGUUACAUGGUGUACCACAUCUGACCUAGAACAGGAAAAAUGUGAGAAACUCGCCAAAGCGGUUAUGCAGGAUAAGGGCCUAUUUGGUGAUGAUUAUAGAGAAAUUGCAUGUAAAAGGGCUUUUGACACAGAAGACUGUAUGAUAUCUGUAGACCAAGGAGAAGCUACUCUCUUAGCUUUAGAUGCUGGCGAAGUUUAUAUUGCUGGCAGAUAUCAUUCCCUUGUACCAAUAGCACAAGAGUUAUAUGGUAAUGGUGAACCAUACCAAUAUUCAGUAGCUGUGGUGAGGAAGGGCAGUCUUCCAUCAGUUCAGCCAAGCACCGGGCUGCAUGGACUACGAGGGGCAAAGGCCUGCUUCCCUGGUGUAGGGGCGCUGGCUGGAUGGGUCAUGCCAGUGCAUAUUCUGAUGCAAGAAGGUGGUUUGAAGAUAACAGACUGUAACAAUCACAUCAAAUCGGCGGUAGAUUAUUUUGGAGACUCGUGUGCACCGAAUUCAUUGAAGGAUAUAUACAAUCCUAUUGGAGAUAAUCCUGACAAGUUAUGUAAGCUGUGCACCGGCGGUGCAGGUAUCCGCUGCACGUUGGCGGACCCUUACGCCGGGUACGAGGGGGCUCUCAAAUGCCUGGUCUCCAACAACACCGGGGACAUCGCUUUCGUAAGGGAUACAACUAUACAACACGCCUUAUUAUCACAUAAGAUAUUAGGUGGUGUGAGUGAAGCUAGCUUCGAGUUGAUAUGUCGCGAUGGAUCGCGCGCCCCUGUGACGUCAUGGGAGAAGUGUAAUUGGGGUCGCAUCCCCGCUGAUGCUGUAGUAACCAGCAGUGCAGCCUCACAGGAUCAAAGGAAACGCUAUCAAAACCUUCUACAAAAGAUGGUGCAACUAUACGGUGAACCCAAUCCAUAUAACAAGAAUCCAAACAAUACAUUCGGACAACAGAACCGCGAUAUGUAUGGCAAUCCAUUCAGCUCCACUGAAAGAGAUCCAUACGAUCCAUACGACCCAUACAGAAGAAACAGAUUUAAUGAUGAUAAGCAAGAUAAUGAUGCUAACAGAGUAAGCACUCUAGCUCCAUUCCAAGCGAGACUGGAUCGUUCUGGACAGCCCAUUGAACUGCCCUUCCAGUUAUUCGUAUCUAAUGAGACUACUGAUUUAUUGCUACAAGACGCGACAAUAAACUUCCGUAUGUUAAACGAAGAGGAACAAGCAUCAAAGCACAUACUGAAUAACAAGUACGUAGGAGAGCAGGCAGAGAAGGCUGUACUCGGUGUUAGAGACUGUCCCUUGAAGCGAGCCGUGCUGUGUGUCACUAGUGACCCUGAAAUGGAUAAAUGUGUUAAAAUGAGGGUAAGUUGUAUUUAUAAUUUUAUAUUUGUUAAUAAUGCACAGAUAACUGCUAGUAUAUAUUUGCAGGUGUAUACCAGCGGUGAGAGUUGGUACUACGCGGUGGCGGUGGCCAAGGAGCAGGAUCCCGACACCGACCUGACGUACCUGCGCGGCAAGAACACCUGCCACGCCGGCAUCGCCACCGCCGCCGGCUGGAUAUACCCCUUGGCUUAUCUGCUCUCCAAUGGAUGGAUCAGACCUUACGGUUGCGACGGCGCGCACGCGGCCGCGCAGUACUUCAGUAAGUCGUGUGCGCCCGGCGCUCUGAGCGCGGAGUACGUGGACGCGGCCACCGCGCCCCACGACAACCUCUGCCAUCUCUGUCACGGAGCGUCCUUCAGACGCUGCCAGCUGUCUCUAGUUUAUCCCGCCAUCUCUCCAGUCUACUCUGGACCUCAAGCGCAUCUUUCCCGACAAGAACAAUGUCGUCGGCGAACAGCAUACACCAGGUACAGUCAAAAACGGUUUUUUUCAGGUACUCGUGCUAAGAUGCAUGAGUACGAGCAUUGCAACCUGGGCAAGGUGCCGGGCGCGGUGCUGAUGGGGCGCGCCAACCACACUGAGCUUGACACCUACUCCAACCUCAUGAUAUACGCACAACAACUCUACGGAGCUGCCACCUCGGAUGAAUUCAGUUUCAGCAUGUUUUACUCUCAACCGCCAUACGCGGACCUUAUCUUCAGCGACGCUGCAGUCCGUUUAAAGCCGUUAGCACACAGCAAGCGAUCAGCUGAGAUCAUAGCGGGGCCUGCGCUACUAAGAGCUGCGAAAAUAGUCUCAUGUGAUGCACCUCAGGCAUUAUACUAUGUCGCACCGGACCCGGAAUUCUUGUCACAUUCCUAUAGAACAUAUAUUAUGGGACAUGUACUAGCUAUAACAUUGUUUAUGGUCAUUUUAUUCCAAUAAGUUUGUAAAGGCUGAAUAUUGAAACGAAUCUUACAACCUUUCCCACCAAAUUGUAGAUUGUCUGAUAAUCAAAUGUGUAAAGUAAAAAUGACAUCGGAUUUUGUCCCUUAUCUGACAGUGAUGUCAUUUUAAAGCAAUCUGAACCUCUAUCGGCCAGUGGUGAGACAGGCCCUUACACUUCAUGAGCACCGUUUACAAUCUGACAGAUGUUAAAAUAUUUAUAGAAUUUGGUUGUAAGCGUGUCUUUAAACGCUGUUUUAAUUUAAGUAUCGUUUCAGUAUACGGCCCAAGUUAAGACAUUUAAUAUUGCAUUAAGUUCUUUGAAAAUUGUCUAGGAUUUUUUAGUACUAUGUUGGUACAGUUUAUUUUGAGGUUUUAAAAUGUGCACUGACAAGUGGCAUUGUCAUAAUUAGGAUUUAUAUGGUAACUAUAAGAAACUAGUUUUUGCCCUCGAUUUUGUCCGUACUGAAUCAAAAAUAGUCUAACAUGUAAUUCAGUUUAGCUUAUGUUUUAAGUGUUAAGGCAGCUUUCUAAUGAUACAUUUUUGGAAACGGUCCAGUACUUUUUGAGUUGUUAUAUACAAAAAUGCGAAUUAUUCCUUUGUUUAAUAUUAGUAAAGAUAUGGCAACAUUUUUUACACUCUUAUGACAGCUGUUUAUCUAAAACUAGACUAAAAUUAGUAAUACUAGAUUAAGACUCGAAAUGAUAGAAAUAAGUUAUUGAUUUAUGUAAUAAAAAUUAUAAGCACAUAAGUUUCUCCUCUGUAUUAUGUAAGUAAAUAUGCCUUACAAUACAUUUACAUUCAGUAUUGUUUAUUUAAUGUAAAGUAUUCCGUCCAUGUGAAUCACUUUUGUAUUAUUUUAUUUGUGAUUAUUAUCUUAUUGUAAACCCUUUGACAGCUAUGCCUAUAAAGUUAAAAUUUUGACAAUUUUAUUUGAUAAUCCAUCAAUUUUAUCAAACAGAACUGUUGCCCGCAAACUUCGAUAGCGCGGAUUUUAAAAAAAAUAGUAGUUUAUAAUGUGCCUGUCUUCGUCAGCUAUCCUAUGGUAAAAGACACGUCAAAAUCGGCGGAGUUACGGAGAGUAUCCGGAACAAACGAGGCUUACAGACAAUUUUUUUUAUUGCGCUUUUCGUCAUCAACGCGACCAUCUACGCGAAAUAUGAAAUUUUUAUUUUGAUAUUCUGACAUAUUUUACUAUUUGUAUAGAUAUACAAAUUGUAUUACUUAUAUUUUGAAAAUGAAUUAUUUAAUGUUUUGCACUGAAUUCCGUCCAUAUGAAUCUUUUUUUAAUAUCUUUUAUACACAUAAAAUAAAACAAUUUUAUAAA